CUCGGCGUUUGAGAAAAAUGUAGUACGAUAGUUUAAUGGAACAUCAGCCUGAAAUGGGUGCUUACGGAGAGAAUGCUAAUGUGCAAAAUAGUGGAAAUUACAUAACAAUCAUACCCGUCGAUUAUUCUAGACGUGGUUAUUCUAUGCAAGCAGAAUAUCAGUACAACGAAUUCAGAUCUCGCGAAGAAUAUUACAGUGUGCAAAGUCAGAAACUCCAGGCUGAAGUGAACGCGCACCUGUAUUCGGUGUCACAGAGGUUGCCCCACUUGACAUACAGUCCCUUAGGACGUCACAGUGAGUGGGACAAACAUGACCCUCAUAAACCCUUACCGGACUCUAAAGAGAGCAAUAGCUCUGACUCCUUGGAGAAGAGUGUUAUGGGAUCUAAUCUCAGUAGUUGUUCCAAUCAGACUGGGACUAGUAGUAUUGCCGCCGGAUCAUUUAGCACUACAGAGCCCAUCACAAGCGGGGGCAGUUCGUCGAGUGCUAUAUCGCCACCUCUACCUGGAUCGUCAGGAAGCACAACGUCAUCGUCUAGCGUAACUUCGAAUCCGGUGACAUGUGUUUAUCUCAUGUCACGAACCGCCAUCAUGGUGGAAAUGAGCUCAGAAGAAGUGCCUACCUGCGUGACAGCUUCUAGGUUCCUUAACGCAAUACUUGCGACAGAGGAGUUGGGGUUAACGCAGCCCAGCACAAGGAGUCUUGCUGCGAAUGUGUUCGCACUUUGGAUGUGCAGCCCCUUACUAGAAAUCCAACUGAAACCACACCAUUGUCCAUGGAAGAUUUGGGCCAGUUGGCAAAAAUUACUCCAACGAUAUGGCCACGGCUCGGAAACUAGGAGGGCACGCGAUCAGCCAGUUCUCAGGCUGCAGAGAAACGUGUUCUUCCCGAGGCACUUGGAAGAGGGGAUCAAAGAUUCUCGUAUUCAAGAGCUUCUGUAUGAGGAAGCCCGUCAUAACGUGGUGACAGGUCGUUACCCGUUGGAGAGCGCUCAAGCUGUGAUGCUGGGCGGCCUCCAGGCUCGGAUACAGCUGGGUCCGUACGAUCCACAUCGACAUACCGCCAAGUUUUUUAGAGAACAUCAAGACAAAUACCUACCACGCCAUGCUCGUUCGGGACGCUGGGCGCAGUUGCUUCCAGCUGGAAGGAAGGGAAGUCCCGAAGCGAAACUUCUGGAACAAGCGCAGAGGCCUCCAGCGGCCCCGCCCAGGAAACUGAGACACAAGUACCUCGCGCAUACCAGAACACAUGCGACAUACGGCUUUUCCUUUAAAGUGCCGCAACCAGAGGUUGCCAUUACUGUACUUAAUGUCUUCCACACCGGAGACUAUGAGCUAUGA